AUGGCGCCACGUCCCGACAUCACGACAAAUGACGGUGCACUUUCGCCUAUGGCUGUGAAUGCUAUGCAGCUGGCAAAGUCAUGGAUCAAACGCAGCGAUUCCGACCCGUACAAGAAUCUUGCCUCUGCAGGCGCCCGUCCGCCAAACGACCUGUCCGGUCCUGGCUUCCAGGCUCUCUUCGCUCUCAUUGGUGUCGGACUAGCUCUCGGUGCCAUUUGGUUCUUCUUCUGGGCCAAGAAUGGUGGAUUCAAAUGGCGUGAGAACGACUGGGAAGACUACAAGUCGACGGUAUUGCGUCGCAAGGGACCGGACGGAAAGACUCUCUCAAACGCUACCAAGAGUACCAGGCUCGGCGGCGGCAGUGUUGUACACGGCGGCAGCUACUUUGGUGCACAGAGCGAUACCGGCUACACCGACGUUACUGGCACCACUGAUGCAACCGAAUACCGCGAUGCUGAGAGGGGUGAAGGUGGACUCCGUGGAGGUGAUGGCCGCAAGCACAAGAAGAAGCAUCGCCGUGACCACACCAACGACUACAAGGACCCCGAACUCCGCCAGUACCGCGAGGAGAAGGCUGCUCGUGUCGGUGGCCUCAACCGUGUCGGUGAUGGCAUGUACACUGACUACUCUGGCUCCCAACCUUCUGAACUCGGCUCCCACGUCUCUAGCAACGCACCACUCGUCAAGAAGGAAGCCACCAGAGAGUCCAAGGAAGUCAAGGAUCCCAAGAAAGAAGCCAAGGCCAAGGAAAUGCGUGCCCGUGAACGUAUGCGCAAGGCCAAAGCUGCUGAGAAGGAAACUGCCCGAAAGGAAGCCGCCGAAGCCAAAGCUCGCAAGGAAGAGCAAAAGGCAGAAGCCAAGCGCGCAAAGGAAGAGCAGAAGAAGUCCAAGAAGCACAACCCUACACCGUCCGAAGCCCCCGAAAUGGCCGAAGUCAACCGUCCACUGACCGAGUACACUUCGCCCCAGAGUGAGUACACACGCGCCUACACCGAGUACACGGCCCCCUCUGAAAUCGGUACACCAACCCGCGCCCCCACAAAGAGCAAAGCCCUCACUGGCCCGCGUCGUGCUCCCCCUUCAGCAGCUUACUCCUUCACCACCGGCGACGACGACAACGCAACCGUCUACACCGGUGUCUCCACCAGCGACUUCGCCACAAAAACCCAACGCACCGCCCCCUCUGAAGUCGCAGAGUCAUCCUACUACUCUGACUACCGUCCCAACGCCGACCCCUCAGUCUACACAGACCCCAACAAGCACGCCCCGCGCUCCCGCUCCGCCCGCCCCUCCCAAGACAAAGACCGUGCCCGCUCCUCUCAAGACCGUGCCCGCUCCUCCCGUCCUAGCUCGCAAUCGCAAUCUCGUCCCCGUCCCUCGGGCUCCCGCUCCCGUCCUAGCGAAUCUCCUCGUAAGCAACAACACCGUUCUUCGCGGCCUGCGCCACCAGCAUCUGAUAUCUUCACCACUGCCAACGGUGAUGCUCAUGGCCAUAUGAGCUACCCGUGCCAUAUUCCGGGUCUUAGCCAGGCUGGUAGCGUGCAUCCCAUGGAGAGCGUGUCGCAGGUUGGUAUUCCAACAAACGCACGUAGGGAGAGGGGUGGACGCGAUGUCAUGGAUGGGUAUAGGAGGGGAGGUGUUAGGGCUGUUGGACGGAGGGACAGUUUGAGUGAUAGUGAUUAG